AUGCAGCGGCUCGGCGGGCUUCUCCUGCCGCUGAUUGGCUCCGCGGGGGCUGCUGGGCCUGCCGUAGCGCGAUCGAAGGCCUCUGAAGCAGAAGAGGUGUUGCGGAAGGCGGAGUGGCCGGCGCAGUUCCCCUUCUCCGCGGAGGACUUCAAGCGCUACGACGAGACGCCAGACACCGUGUUCUACUCCAUGCCGCGCUUUGUCACACACAUAGACGACCCCGCCAUCCGCGCCCUCACUAAAUUCUACAGCGAGAAUCUGCCCCCGCCCAACACGCCCGGCGUUGCCGUGCUCGACAUGUGCAGCAGCUGGAUCAGCCACUACCCCAAGGGGUACAAGCAGGAGCGCGUGGUGGGCAUGGGGCUCAACGAGGACGAACUGGAGCGCAAUCAGGUGUUGACAGAGUAUCUGGUUCAAGACCUCAACUCCAACACCAAGCUACCCUUCCCAGACAACACAUUCGACGCCAUCACCAAUGCUGUGAGUGUUGACUACCUGAGCCGCCCUCUGGAGGUAUUCCAAGAGAUGCACCGCGUGCUCAAGCCGGGCGGGCUGGCCAUAAUGAGUUUCUCCAACCGCUGCUUCUGGACCAAGGCCAUCCAGAUCUGGACGUCCACAGGGGACAUCGACCACAUUCUCAUCGUUGGCUCAUACUUCCACUAUGCCGGCGGCUACGAGCCCCCCCAGGUUAGACCUACCCGCCCCAGGUGA